AUGAAGUUGGUAAUAGUGAUUAGAUUCACUAAUGCACUAUCAUCACAUGAACAAAUACCUGACCUAUCACUACCAAUAACUAUAAAUCUAGAUAAAGAUGAUAUAAAUAAACUAAUAAAUACAAGUUGGAUUAAAUCAUCAAUUAGAAAUAAAGUAUCACAAUGUUCCAACAAGAGAUUAAAAUUAAUAUAUAAUGGAAGAGUAUUGAAUGAAAAAACUGAUUUUAAAAAAGACGUUAUAGAACCAAGAUUACAAAAUUUAUUAGAAAAUGAUUCAAUAUAUAUUCAUUGUGUUGUUGGUGAACAAUUAACUUCACAACAAUUACAAGAAGAAAAUAAAUUAGAUAAUCAAAUACCAGCAGUUAGUACUACUCCUAAUGUAAUAGGUUUUGAUAGAUUAUUACAACAAGGAUUUUCAAGAGACGAUGUAAAUGAUUUAAGAAGACAAUUUAUGUCAAUAUAUGGUGGAAAUGGACAAAAUAAUAAUUCAAAUAAUGCAGACAUUAUAGAUGUUGAAGAAGAUGAAAGUAGACAAAGUGAUUUAAGACAAUUAGAAGAAAGAUGGAUAGAAUCAACUUCAAAUAAUGAUGCAAAUACAAAUGCUAAUACAAAUCUGGCGUCAACGAAUAAUAGAAAUAAUAACCUAAAUCAAGAUACUGAUCAACCACCACAAACACCAUUAGAUAUGGACGAAGUUCACGUUAAUGAGGAUCUACUAUUAGGUUUUUUAAUUGGAGUAUUUUUAGGUAUUAUAUCAGUUUUAUUCCUUUUAGUUGAUGAUACAGUUUUUAAUAAACGUCAAAAGAUGGCAAUAAUAGCAGGUCUAACCAUCAAUUUUUCAUUAGCUUUAGUUAGAGGUUUAUGGUUGUAG